GUCACUCAGCUCAGGUUGAGAUCUUGGGCAAUACUUGCUCUGUGUCUUGUGUAGUCAGUGUUUAGUAAUCUUUGACAGAUUUGAUGAAAGAUGUCUUCCCAGAGCCAAGUAAGUGUUCUCCACAAAUUCAGAGGGAUUCUCUUUUCUACUGUGUCUUCAGAAGAACUUCUUAAUGCUUUGGAUUCUUUUGAUGUAAGAGAAGAUGACGUGUUCCUGGUGUCCUAUCCAAAAUCUGGGACUCAUUGGAUUGCAGAGAUCAUUGAGAACAUUCCCAACGCUAGAAUCACUCUCACAUCUCCUAUUGAACUGGGAGACAUUUCUAAACUUGAAGAGCUAAAAAUGUAUUCUAAGAGAAGAGUAAUCCCAACGCACUUAAGCUACGACCUGUUACCUGUGAAAGUCAAACAAAAGAAAUGCAAGAUUAUCUACAUCGUUAGAAAUCCGAAAGAUACAGCCGUUUCCCUAUUCCACUACUACAGAGAUAAUCCCAAUCUUCCUUGCGUUGAAACAUGGGCUGCAUUUUUGGAGCUGUUCCUCAAAGGAGAAGUUGUAUACGGAUCCUGGUUUGAUCACGUUUUAAGCUGGGAAGAGCACAGAAACGAUAAAAACAUCCUAAUUAUAUUCUAUGAAGAACUGAAGAAAGAUUUUUCUAAAAGCUUAAAGAAAAUAGCAACUUUCCUUGGCAUAAAUGUGAAUGAUAGUGAAAUUAAUAAGAUUGCUUGGAAAACAUCAUUCAGUGAAAUGAAAAAUAAUUCGGUCAAAGAAAACAGUGAUCUCAAUCACACCAUCUGUGCCCUCACAUCUGACCGGAAGCUGGUGUUCAGGAAAGGAGUGGUGGGUGAUUGGAUAAACUACUUUACUUCAAAGCAGAAGAGAGUAUUUGAUGAACUAUUCACAGAGAAAAUGAAGCAUAGCGAACUGGCAAGAGUCCUGGAGGAGAUCUCUUAAUACAAAUGGGAAAUGAAACCAAUUUUCAUUUUCAACCGUGCAGAACUUGGGGAAUAUGUAAAUAUUGUUUCACCUACGUGGAAAGCAGAUACCAUAUUUUCUUCAACGAGAAACAGAUAGUUCAUGAAUGUGUCAAAAAUGUUGUGUAUGAGAAACUAGUAUUAUCUUAUUUGGUGAUAGUAGAAAAUUAGAAGUAUGAAGGAAAUAUACAGCUUCUGAAUGGCUGAAUUAUGUAUCUGUUUGCAGGAUAUGCAGCAAGACAGAGGAGAUUACAUCUGUUGAGAAAGACCACAUUACUGUAGGUAUUGCAUAAGUUGCAUUACUGUACAACAGAAGAGUGAGAGAUUACCUAAAAUAAUAGAUACCUUAGAAGAAUUUAUUUUCUGCCUGUUUGGAUAACUAUGACCUCUGGACCAACAUUUUUAUCUCAACAUUCCCUGGUAUCUGUGUAAAGAUAUUCUCCAAUGUCAUAACAAUAAUGAAUAUAAUCUUACUAAAAUGGAAAUACCUACUAGAUUAUAUAAAAUGACCACAUUCCAAAAUGUUGGUAAAAAAGGAAAAUGAAAAGAUACUCUUUCACAACAACACUGUCUUGACAUUCCAGUAUUUUCAUUAUCUUAAUUCAGUUAAAUUAGAUAUUUCCCUAUUUUCCAAUUUUAAAAGUUUCAUCUUCCUUGUAAUGUUCGUGAUUGUUUGUAAUAUUUGAAUAUGUAUGCUUCACUCCAGAACCACUUGCUGAGUAAUCCAAUCUCUAUAAUUCUCUCCCUCCUAUAAUGAGUGUUAUUCUACGACUUUAACUUAGAGAACACUGUUAUGAAAUUUCAGUGAGUUUAUUUAAGUAUUAUUUAUUAUCUAAACGACAAAUACACAAAUCAUGUUAUAUUGCUUGCAUUGCCAUAAUGUCUGAUUUAAGACUUAAAGGUGAAUCAAAACUGUAUGUUUGAGCUCUGCACUCUCAGCAGUGGUUUGAGUUAUUUAUUUUAGCCAAACACUUUUAUUAUGUAGGUGUAUUGCGAACCUGUAUAAAUUUUUACCAUAAAUUACAAAUGUAAAUUUUUAGUGAUAAUUCUAGAGUCUUCCUAUAAGUGUAUAACGAUUCAACAAGAAAUUAGAACUUCAUAACUCUUCUGUACGCUCAUGUUUGUUAUAAAUAAAACAUAUUCUUUUUGAUUUAA